CGGCGGGCUGCCUCGUGCUCCAGAGCAGGGAAGCGGCGAUGCAAAAAGCAUGAUGAUGCUGGGGCAAGAACAGGAUCCUGGAGGAGGGAGCCAGCCCCCUGAAGCAACGGGCCCAUUGCCCAGAAGCACCAGCAGUCAUCAGGAGGUGAAGGUGGAAAAUCAAGAGGAUUUGGCCCAACUCUGGGAGACGCAGUGGCAGGAGUUUCUAAGUACAGUGGAAGCCCCACAGAUUCUUCCAGAGCCCUCACCGUGGGAGGACGCUCACAUCUUCCUAGCCUCCUUCGAGCAAGUGGCCAAAGCUUUCCAGUGGCCCAAGGAAGAAUGGGCGGCCCGUCUCCAGCCCACUCUCAGAGGAGAUGCCGAGCAAGCCUACAGCAGGCUGGAGAUGGGAGACAGAGAGGAUUAUGGGAAAAUGAAGGCAGCCAUCUUGCAGGCGGAUGCUGCGAGCCGGGAGAAACAGCGGCAGCACUUCCGGCGUUUCUGCUACCAGGAGGCCGAGGGGCCGAGGCAGGUCUAUAAUCAGCUGCAGAGGCUUUGCCGUCGGUGGCUGAAAGUUGAGAGACACUCCAAGGAACAGAUUCUGGAAAUGCUAAUCCUGGAGCAGUUUCUGGCCAUCCUUCCGCCAGAGAUGCAGAGCUGGGUCAAGAGACACAAUGCGGAGAGCAGCGCUCAAGUAAUAUCGCUGGCUGAGGAUUUCUUGCUCGGGCAGUGGGUGCCGGAGAAAACAGAACAACAGGUGGGAGAGGAACCAGGUCCCGGGCCUGCAAAUAUGCAGCAUCUGGAGAGAGCGCCGUCUGAUGCCGGGCAGAAACUGCAACUCGGCAGGGAGCUGAAGCUGGAAGAAGAUGCAGAUGCAGGAAUGAUCCGGUAUUGGACACUUAAGUCCUACGAAGAGGGGUUGAAAGAGCCAGUCAAGAGCCAGUCAGAAUGUGGAGAAAAGAUGAUGGGAGUGGGGGAUAUGAUGGCAUUAAAUGCUUGA